UAUAACACACAAACGAAAAACUUAGAAAUUAAACAAUGGCUCUAAGUCUUUUCGGUGGCCGCAGGAGCAACGUGUUCGACCCUUUCUCUCUUGACAUUUGGGAUCCUUUUGAAGGCUUCCCAUUCACCACCACGGUUGCUAAUGCACCCUCCUCUGCGCGCGACACAUCAGCCAUUGCCAACACCAUAAUUGACUGGAAGGAGACCCCGGAAGCUCACGUCUUCCAGGCUGAUCUUCCAGGGCUGAAGAAGGAGGAAGUGAAAGUCGAGGUUGAAGACGGAAGUGUUCUUCAGAUAAGUGGAGAGAGGAGCCGAGAGAACGAGGAGAAGAAUGAUAAGUGGCAUCGCUUUGAGAGGAGCAGUGGGAAGUUUAUGAGGAGGUUCAGGUUGCCGGAGAAUGCUAAGAUGGAUCAGAUCAAGGCUAAGAUGGAGAACGGCGUACUUACUGUGACUGUGCCGAAACAGGAAGAGAAGAAACCUGAGGUCAAGUCUAUUGAAAUCUCCAGCUAAACAGAAAGAAAAAAGAGUGCCUCUGGGCUUGAAUGGUGAUGAAAAUGUUUUGUGAAAUUUGUGUUCUGUUUAGUAUCUUGUUUCUGGUUCUUUUAUGUAAUGCGCUGGCAACCUAAGGGCUUCUGAAUGUAAAGUUUUGUUAUAAUGUAAUA